UUAAUAUAUAGUUAUGCACGUCGUAAUUUGUACUAAAAGAUUGUUGUGGGACGGACAUUGCUUCGUGCCUAGCUCAGGUCCCUUGUGUCUGAACGGGGAACGAGCUCGACCUAUGCCAAUCCCAUGUGUCUUGGGCUUGAACGGGUCAGGCUCACGCCAAGGCUACUUCUUACUUGUCGGUCGGGUCGUGCCGCAAAUCUAAAAAAUACGGCCUAGGCACGGUCUAAGCCCACUUUCCGGCCAUCACGCCUGAACAUAAUUUCACUCAAUUUAACGUGGUUUUCAAAAGGGCUCGGGCUCGGGCUCAGCCCACAACUUUGUGCUCAUGCCCGGCCGUGUUUUUUCAUGCCCUGUUGUGCCUCGUGCUAGCCCGACCCAGUGUCAUUUUCAAUCGUAGUCCUCGAUAUCAAUAAAACAUCUUCUUGUGCAGCCCCAACAACUUCCUACAUUAUUAGCGAACCACGUAAACAUCCGCUCUACAAAAGAAAAAGGAAAACAAAGAAAAAUAAACUCAUCAUAGUCAAUUAGUCAUAGGCAGUGAGUAACAGUAACAUUAAGCAAGAGCGCGCAACAACAGCUACUCUCUCUGAGUCUGUCUGUUGUACUCCGUACUUUUUACUUUUCUUCACCAACGGCCAUUUCCUUCUUCCUUCUUCUUCUUCACACAAAAAAACCAUGAAACUUUCACCAAAUCAAAUCCCCAGAUUCAUCAUCAAUUCCCACUGAUCAAUCAAUCGUCUUCUUCAACCUACUCAAAUCCCCAGAUUCCAAACACUCCCAUGGCUUCUCCACCAUCUCCACAACCCAAUUUUCUCUCUCCUCCACCCCACAACCACCACCACCACCACCACAUCAAACCAUCUCACCUCCUUCCACCUCUUCUCGGCGCCACCCUCACUUUCUCUCUCAUUCUUAUCUGCAUCUCCUUCUUCCGCCGCUUCUACCACCACCUCAAACCCACCCCCUCUUUCUCCUCCACUUCUAACAACAACCUUCCACGCCGGUUCUCCUUCUCUACUCUCAAACGCGCCACCGCAAAAUUCUCCCCCUCCCGCCGCCUCGGGCAAGGCGGGUUUGGGUCGGUAUUCUCUGCCACUCUCUCCCUCUCUCGCAGCCGUAAACUCUCCGUCGCGGUUAAGCUUCUGGAUUGUGGGUCCCUCCAGGGUGAGCGUGAGUUUCAGAACGAGUUGCUGAUUGCUAACAAGCUGGUUGACUCGGAUCGAGUUGUUAAGCUUCUGGGUUUCGCUUCGUCCCGGAAACGACGCCGUAUGUGCCUUGUUUAUGAGCUUAUGGUGAAUGGUAAUUUGCAGGAUUGCUUGUUGCACAGGAAAUGUGAGGAGUUGAUGGAGUGGUCCCACAGAUUUCGUAUUGCAAUUGAGGUUGCUCAAGGUUUGGCGUUUCUGCAUCAUUAUUGUGAUCCUCCUGUAAUUCAUGGUGAUGUUAAACCUAGCAAUAUUUUGUUGGAUGAUUGUUUUAGAGCUAAAAUUGCAGAUUUUGGUCUUGCUAGGUUAAAAUUGGGGGAAAUUAAUGAUGGGGUUGUUGUUGUUAAUUGUAAUAUUGAUAAUAAUAAUACUACUACUAAUAAGUCUACUAAUAAUCAUAAUGAUAAUGUUGAUCAUUGUAACAAUAAUAAUGUUGAUGUUGGAAUGGAGGAUGCUGGAUCAGUGAUGGAAACCGAAAGUGUGACCACUACGGUGGGGUUCGAGGAGGGUAGUGUAGGGAUUGAUCUAUCUCCGAUGAGGGUUGAUACCUCGCCGGAAAUGGUGACUGCAAAGACUUCCCCUUCUGAGUUUAAUGAUAAGGGGUUUGAUUUAGAGGGUCAAUUUGAGAGGAUGGAUAUGGAGAAAGUCGGGAAAGAGGUGGGAAAGACGCGAAAUGGGAGGGUAAAGGAGUAUGUAAUGGAGUGGAUGGGAAUGGAGGUUGGUUCUAAUAAUGAUUGUAAUAAAGGGGGAGCUUCUUCGAGCUCUGUAGUAGUGCCCAAGAAAGGCGGGAAGGGGGAGGGGAAAGGGAAGGUGAAGACGUUGGAAUGGUGGGUAUCAAUGGAGGAAGGGUGGGUUUCGAAGAAGGAGAAAAGGAGGCCGGUGAGGGAAUGGUGGAAGGAGGAAUAUGGUGAAGAACUUGCUAGGAAGAAAAAGAAAAAGAAGAAAAGAAGGAAUCAAGAACAAGAACAUGAAGCAAAGAGUGAUAAUAAUGGGGAGAAUUGGUGGACUAAAAAUGAUGAUGAAUUGUAUGUUGACAAGAAGAACAAGAAGUAUAGUAGGAGUAGGAAGAACAGCCAUAGUAGCGUUGAUUGGUGGUUAGAUGGUUUUAGUGGUGAUCUUUGGAAAUCUCGUCAACAAACUAGCUUCGAUUCAAUGAGUGGUGAAAUCCCGAAGAGUGGUGGUGGUGUUAGUAGCACGCCUAGUAUGAGAGGAACCGUGUGCUACAUUGCACCCGAGUACGGCAGUGGUGGCGAUCUUUCAGAAAUGUGCGAUGUUUAUAGCUUUGGUGUGUUGCUUUUGGUUCUUGUUGCUGGGAGGCGGCCUUUGCAAGUGACUGGUUCACCCAUGUCUGAAUUCCACAAAGCAAAUCUUGUUUCGUGGGCACGUCAACUUGCUCGUUCUGGGAAACUUUCUGAUUUGAUUGAUAAGAGAAUCCGGUGUUUGAACAGGGAAGAAGCUAAACUUUGUAUUAUAGUUGCUCUUAUGUGCUUGCAAAAGUCACCGGGUCGUCGGCCUUCUAUGAAAGAAGUUGUUGGGAUGUUUACAGGGGAGUUAGCUCCUCCUCAGCUACCAGUAGAGUAUUCCCAAUACCCUUUCAGGUCACGGAGAAAGAAUUUCCGGUGAGGUAAUUGUUUGUUUAAUUUGUUGCAAAUUAGGGUUCAACACUAUACUUAUUAUAGACUAUAGAGCUAUUUGUUAGCACAACCUAGUUUUUGUAAAUCUGGAGAGGAAUUGCAUUAUAAGCUUAUUCUUUUGAGAGUUUUUGUACAAUAAACUGUAACUUUAAAAAAGCCACAUUGUUAAGUUACCUUCUUGUACAGUUAUAAGUUAUACUUGAAUGAAAAGAAAAAAAUUACUUCACAGUUCACACAUCUUUUGUCAAUAAGAAUAGAGUUUAGGGGAUUGUUUCCUUGAAAGAGAUUCUUAUUUUGCUCGUUUAAGAAUCAUUGUCCAUGCGUUCAUGGUACCGGCCACCAAGUUAUCUUAACCUGUGAGGGCUGUGAUUAGGUGAGGCUCUUUAUCUCCUUUGAAAGAAUUUGUGUAUCAGAUAAUUCUGAGGUGAAUGCAUGCAGCUCUUAUUAAUCAUUGUCGUUUGCCUUUCUGUUUAACUGAUCUUUUUCAGGGAAGUAGGGAAGGAAAAUCGCAAGGGAUGUGACUAGGUGAGACGCGUAAGCUUCUUUGAUAGAACUAGUGUGUAUUUGAUAAUUCUGAGGUUAAAGCAUGGACCUCUUUAUCCAUUCUUGAUAUUGGGGCUUGUGAUUAUAGCAGGAUUUAAAACACUUGUGUAAUCACACUAGAAUCUUGAUGUCAACCUCAUGAUUUCAUCUUUCACUCAGUGCUAUCGAUGCUUGAUUAAUUUACUGAUGCAUAAGAAUGAUGCAUCAGAGUAAAGAUGGUCAUGGGCCGGGCCGGGCCAAGGCCCGACUCAACACGAAAAAAAGCCCGACCCAACACAUUGUUUUGUUUGUUUAUGUUCUGCUUGUUAUCCCCACUAUUACCCUUUCGGAUAUUGUUUUGUUUGUUCAUGUUCUGCUUGUUAUCCCCACUAGUACCCUGUUAUCUGCUUCUCUGCUGAGUCUGGUAUCGAUGCAUGCUUUCUUUUGUUUAAUCGUGUUAUCUGCUUCUCUGCUGUGUCUGGUAUUGAUGCUUGCUUUAUUUUGUUUUUUACCCUGUUAUCUGCUUCUCUGCUAAGUCGGGUAUUGAUGCUUAACUUUAUAUUAAUUUAGUUUCUGCAUCAACAUCUUCAUUAAUAUCUUCAGUCUAAAAUAGUAUAGAGUCCCUUGUUCUUGUUGUUGUAUCAUGAUCCAAUGAAGUGAUCAGUUCGUACAGAUUUAAGCUCUACUCUGAGGAACCCUACAAUAGCGUAAAUGCAUAAUCCCAUAUCGGGAUGUGAGGUGUGAUAAGUUACCUUUAUAUACGCCAAUUCUUAAUAUGUAUAUUGUUUGUCAGAUGGGAAACACCGUGCGAUAAGAGCAAGCCUAAUAGAUACCAUUGACCCAAUAAGGUUCUAUAGAGGAUCUUGUUCCCCAGCUCGGUUGUGAACUUGGAAAAGUCGCACGGUCAUCUGGCAAACAAUUUUUUGGACGCGAUAGACCUGAUCAUCUUGAUCCCGACCCGAACAAUUAUAAAUUUGUGCAGGUUUCCAGUGACUUCAAAGAGGCACCAGCAACUAGACCUGAGGCACCAGCAACUAGACCUGUUAAAAAUCAACCCGACCCGAAAAUACGUAGUUCGGGCUUGUGAUUAUAGGAGGAUUUAGCACUUGUGUAAUCACACUAUAAUCAUCUUGUUGUCAACCUCAUGAUUUCAUCUUUCACUCAGUGCUAUCGAUGCUUGAUUAAUUAACUAAUACUUGCUUGCUUUUGUUCUUGUUGUAUCAUAAUAGUACUUUCAACGGGUCGGGUUAGGGCCGGUCUGGGCGUAGCCUAUGAUUUUUGCAGAAGUUUUUAUUAUAUUUUGUGAUAUUUCUGUAUUCUUACUCUGUAUAUCAAUGUGCAAGGGUCUAUUAUUAUUA